AUGAAGGAGACCGACGACAAGCCCGCCCCGCCGCCGCGCUGGCGCAUCGUCGCCGGCGACCUCGCGGCGGGCGCCACCGCCGGCGCCGCGGUCGAGGCCGCGCUGUACCCGAUCGACACCAUCAAGACGCGCCUGCAAGCGAUGCGCAGCGGGGGCGGGAUCCGCGCGCUCCUGCAGUCCGGCGGCGGCAAGGCGCUGUACGCCGGGCUGUGGGGCAACCUCGCGGGCGUCGCUCCCGCGUCCGCGCUGUUCAUGGCGGUGUACGAGCCCGCGAAGAACUACCUGCCCGCGCACAUGCCCGAGGGGACGCGGCACCUGUCGCCGAUGGCCGCGGGGGCGCUCGCGGGCCUGGCGUCGUCGGUGAUCCGCGUUCCGACGGAGGUGAUCAAGCAGCGGAUGCAGACGGGGGAGUUCAAGAAGGCCACAGUGGCGCUGCGGACGGUGGCCGUCAAGGAGGGCGUGCGCGGGCUGUACGCCGGGUACGGCUCGUUCCUCCUGCGGGACCUGCCGUUCGACGCGCUGGAGUUCUUCGCGUACGAGCGCACGCGCGUGGCGUACCGGGAGUUCGUCGGGCGCGACCUGCACCCCGCGGAGACGUCGCUGAUCGGGGCGACGGCGGGGGCGGUGACGGGGUGGGCGACGACGCCGCUGGACGUGCUCAAGACGCGGCUGAUGACGCAGGGGGCGGCGGGGGAGUACAAGGGCGUGGUGGACUGCGCGGUGAAGAUCAUCCGCGACGAGGGCGUGGGGGCGAUGUUCCGCGGGUGGGAGCCGCGCGUGACGUGGAUCGGGGUCGGCGGCUGCGUCUUCUUCUCCGCGCUCGAGGCCGCGAAGACGGCGUACCGGCCCAAGGGGUACGAGCCGCCCGCGCAGAGCGGAGGGCAAUGA